AUGGCGGGAGCCAUUAACCUUUGCGGUUCUAAGUCAGCCGCAUUACAGAAUCUAGCGGUGUCUUUCAAGGACACAAAUCAUGUAUUCCUUGGUGGGUCAUCGUUGAAGGUCAAGGAUCUCUGCUGGGAAUCCAAACUCAGAUUCUCCAGCAGUAGAAGAGCAAAAAGACUGGGGCUUGUAGUUGCUGCUGUAGAAGAAGAAACCAUCUCAAAGGGAAGCUCUGAUGGCAGGUUUUACUUCAACUUCACUGGCUUUCCUUUUCCUCUUGGCCCUUUUCUCAACAGGCGUACCCUUAGAACUGAGGCUGUGAAAGGAUCCAUAUGGCUGUUUGAACAAGAACAAGCAUUAGGGUUCAGCAGUGUCUCCACAAACAUCAGAAUGACAGUCAUCAAGCUCAAAUCUGGAGGCUUGUGGCUUCUGAAGGAGUUGGAUGCCCCUGUGGAGUAUAUCAUUCUGCCUACAUUUGCUUAUGAGCACAAAAUUUUUGUUGGUCCGUUCUCUAGAAAGUUCCCCAAGGCCAAAAUAUGGGUUGCACCAAGGCAGUGGAGUUGGCCAUUGAAUUUGCCUCUUGAAUUCUUCGGGAUCUUUGGUGCCAAAACUUUGAAAGACGAGGAUUUGUCAACCCCAUGGGCAGAUGACAUUGAGCAAAAGGUUCUUAGCGCACCAGAAGUUGGACUUGGACCUUAUGUGGAGGUUGCUUUCUAUCAUAAGCGCUCGAGAUCACUUCUGGUGACCGAUGCAGUGAUUUUUGUACCAAGAAAGCCACCUGAUUGUAUUGGCAAGGAUUCACUGUUAGCUUCUGCGAAGAAUGGGUUAGCUGUGAAAAUCCUUAGUAAAGGGAAGGAGGUACCCGAGGAUCCCGUUGUUGAUAAUCCAAUGACCCGUCAAAAGGGGUGGGAAAGAAUGGUUCUCCAAAUCCUAUUCCUCGGACCAUCAAACCUGUUAGAACCCAAUACCAGUUUUGCUCAGAUGUCGCAGAAGUUGAUAGUCUCGCCCAUUAUAAAGACACUAGUAUUCAGCAAAGUCCCAGAAAAGGUAAGAGAUUGGAUAGAUAGGAUUGGGAAGGACUGGAGAUUCAAGAGGAUCAUCCCAGCUCAUUUUGCUGCUCCAGUGAAUGCCAGUAGGUCAGAUUUCAUGGCUGCAUUUGCAUUUCUGGACGAUCUACUGGGGGAACGAUAUGUUACGCGGCCAUCACUAUCUCUCCUCUUCGCAUCCAUCAUGGGGAAAGCUGCAACUUACUUUCCUCCAGAUGACAUGAAGACUCUAUCAUCCCUUGAUCAGUUCUUGGUUUCUGUUGGUGCAGUCAAGAAGACUGUCUCGGGCCGCCGGAAGAGAAAAACAGCAUUCUAGAACUGCAAUGUAAGCAUCAUCAGUCUCUAGUACUUGGUGAUAAUACACAAGUACUUGUGCCACAGUUUAGUCGUCAUACUGAAUCCAAAUUCCACAAAGUUGAAUAUAUAUAUAUAUAUACCGUCGAUUUAAGCACGCAUAAAUGGUUUCGACCCACAUUUUCUUCGUUUCCUCGGAUUUCGAAUAGUUUUGCAGAACAAGUUGCAAUUGCAGUGUGUUUCUUGUAUCCUUUGUGGUCAUGGAUCAUGUGGACGAAUUUGUCAUGAUUAACGUUAGGAGUCUGAUGAAGGGAUAUGUGUUGCUUGUUGUUAUGAUGUGAUUGUUGUUGGAACAUUGUUUAUCAUAUGUUUGAUGAAAUCUGUUGCUGGACUAUCGGUUGGCCAUAACUGUGGUACCCGCCAAAGCAACAUUCAUCCAUAUAACUAGUUUCAUAAUGGAAAAUUGGCCGGCGUCCCAUUCCCAA